AUGCUGCUGCUGUUGCUGCUGCUGCUUUGGGGAAUAACGGGGAUGGAGGGUGGGCCUGGGACCAACGAGGAUUACACCCUGACGGUGCAGAGGGAAAUUGUGGUGCAGGAGGGCCUGUGUGUCCUUGUACCCUGUAGUUUCUCCUACCCAGGGAGCAAGGAGCAUUGGACUUACUCAGGCCCACCAAUUCGUCGAUAUUGGUUCCAGGAAGGAACCAAGAUAAAGGAUUCCCCAGUGGCCACAGAUAAUCCAAAGAAGUCACCACUGCCAAAGACCCAAGGCCGAUUCCUCCUGCUCGGAGACCCGUGGAACAACUGCUCCCUGGACAUCAGAGAGAUCAGGAAGGAGGAUGAGGGGUCAUACUACUUUCGCAUGGAGAGUAAAAAACUGAAGUAUAGUUAUACCAAUGACAUGAUGACUCUGCGUGUGACAGCCCUUACUAACACUCCCCACAUCCUUAUCCCGGAGACCCUUGAGGCUGGCCGUCCCAGCAACCUGACAUGCUCUGUGCCUUGGGAUUGUGAGUGGACGGCACCUAUCAACUUCUCCUGGACUGGUACCUCUGGGUCCCUCUUGAGCUCCAACACCUCCUCGGUGCUGACCAUCAUCCCCCAGCCUCAGGACCAUGGCACCAACCUCACUUGUCAGGUGACCCUGCCUGGAACUGGUGCAAGCACAAGAAUGACCAUCCGUCUCAACGUGUCAUAUGCUCCAAAGAAUCUGACUGUGACUGGCUAUCAAGGAGCUGACCAAGAAUCCACAAUCCUGGAGAAUGGCUCAUCUCUUUUCGUCUCUGAGGGCCAGUCUCUACGUCUCUUCUGUAGCACUGACAGCCAUCCCCCUGCGAACCUAAGCUGGUCCUGGGAUAACCUGAGUCUGUGCCCCUCAAAGCUGUCCAAGCCUGGGCUCCUGGAGCUCAGUCCAGUGCAGCUUAAACAUGGAGGAGUGUACACCUGCCAGGCUCAGCAUGCUCUGGGCUCCCAACACGUUUCCCUGAGCCUGUUUCCACAGAGCCGUGCAACUCUAUCCGAAAUGAUGACGGGGUUCUUUGCGGGUACAGGGGCCACCACCCUCCUUUUCCUGUCUUUCUUCAUCAUCAUUUUGGCGGUAAGAUCCUACAGGAGGAAACUAGCCAGGCCAGCUACAGGAGCUACGUGCCCAAAUGCCCUCAAGGCCUCAGUGUCUCAGAGUCCCCUAGUGGAACUCCAGGUGAAUGACAGCUCUGAACCCCUGCCUUCCACAGCUGAUGCAGCCCCCUCCUCCACAGAGGAAGACAUACAUUAUGCAUCUCUCAGCUUUCACAAAAUGAAGCCCAGGAGCCCACAGGGGCAGCAGGACACUACCACUGAGUACUCAGAGAUAAAGUGCCACAGAUGACUGCACGGCCAUGACCACGGCUGGAGGAAGCACAGCUGCCACAGGAUGAAAGAGACACCAGAGCCUGGAGAAGAGUCCCCUAGGGUGGCAUGUGCUGCGCAGGAAUUCGAAGCCAUUCCUCUCGCGACACAGGCUUUCUGCUACUGCUCACAGCCCGUACUCCCUGUCCACCCAAGCCCCAGACUCUGGAAACCACUGCCGUGCCCUGGAAGACA